ACAACUUCUUCGACUACUCCAGACCCCUAUCCCACAUUCAAACUGUCUCUCUUAAUAUUCACCCUUCUCCGCCGUCCUUCCAUAAUGUCUUUGAAACGAAAAGCCUCUACCCUCCCGGCCAAUGACGCCAAAAAGGCCAAAGCUGACGGGUCUAUCACCUCGUUCUUUGGAAUUCCCAAACCCGUUGCCUCAGCUCCCAAGACCAUUUCCUCAACUACCGAAGUGAACGGCACUUCCAUCAAGCAAACUACUGCUACGGAGGCUCCUGAAUGGGAUAAAGAUGCGUGGGUGAAGAAGCUGAGUGAUGAGCAGAAGACACUGUUGGCGCUGGAGAUUGAGACGAUGCAUGAGAGCUGGUUGAAAGUAUUGAGGACCGAGAUUACAAGCCCCGGGUUCUUAGAAUUGAAGCGGUUUCUACAAAGGGAAGCCCAGGCUGGGAAGAAAAUAUUUCCUCCUAGUGAGGACGUUUAUUCUUGGUCACGACACACACCCUUUAACACCGUCAAAGCCGUAAUCAUCGGUCAAGACCCCUAUCACAACGUCAACCAAGCUCACGGGCUCUGCUUCUCCGUCCGCCCCCCUACUCCCGCACCCCCUUCGCUAAGAAACAUCUACAAAUGUCUCCAAAAUGAUUAUCCUGACUUCACCCCACCGCCCAACAACUCUGGCCUCUUGACCCCCUGGGCAGACCGCGGCGUGCUCCUCCUCAAUACCUGUCUCACUGUCCGCGCGCACGAAGCCAACUCUCACGCGAAUCGCGGCUGGGAGAAAUUCACGCAGAAGAUCAUCAAUCUCGUGGCCGAGAAGAGGACACAAGGAGUGGUAUUUCUGGCGUGGGGCACACCGGCUGGGAAGCGUGUUAUGUCUGUGGAUCGCAAGAAACACCUGGUCUUGCAGAGUGUGCAUCCGAGCCCGCUAAGUGCAUCGAGGGGCUGGUUUGAUUGUGGGCAUUUUAAGAAGACAAAUGAGUGGCUGGUCACUAGAUAUGGUGAGGGGAGCGAGAUUGAUUGGAAUCUGGGCGACAAGGCAGCUGCUGCUGAGGCCUAGGGAGAUGUUCGAGGGUUGCAAUGGGUUUUCGGAGUAUGUGAGCGAGUUUGGCCACGCAUGAAAGACAGCGCCGUCUAGAGAUGAUGAUAUGUUCUGUUGUUUUGUAUGGAGUCAUGGUGUUCUAGACUUUUAGACUGAGAAUUAUCCCUUGAUCAAGGUCACAACUGGCGUCCUACAUGUAGUAUUGCAUAGAUGAGGAGUCGAAACUAAGG